GUCAUUCACCGCCCGUCGUCCUCUGGCAGAGAGUGCACGGCUCACACAAGAGCACUUUGUGUUUGUUCCAUGCUUUGAACAGGGAAAAAACGCUUUACUUCUUUUUCAUGAACAUCGGACAGGACAGAGCAGGAGAGAGAGCGAGCGAGGAGUAAAGAGAGAGUGGGCGAGAGGGAGAGAUAGAAAAAAUAAGUAGAGAAUCCAAGAUUAAGGAGAAAGCAGGGUGAAAAAAUGAGGAGAGGCAAGGGGAGAGAUGGGUGGUGGAGGCAGCCGGAGACAACAAACUAAGUGUCCUCUGAGCGGGUGAGGGAUUAGACCUACUUCAAUGAAAAUACUGGGACAGGAACAGGCGUGCAACACAACAGAAGCCGCUACGAUAGCGUGCGGUCCCGUUUGGAUCCCCCCGCACCGCCACCCCACCACCCCGCCUGCCGUCCGCACCAUGCAGCGAGACGAGCUGUCGGCCCGCCGCGACCCGGAGUUCACCUACACUCACAUGGCUGUCAUGGAGCGGGGUACUCUGGAGCGGGGGAGCCUGGAGCGGGGUAGCCUGGAGCGGGGUAGCCUGGAGCGGGGUAGCCUGGAGCGGGGGAGCCUGGAGCGGGGGAUUGUGGUGAUGGGCAUGGGGGGUGGUGGUGGGGGCGGUGGUGGUGGAGGAAGCUGUAGCGGGACCCUGGAGAGGCGGAGUGCCGACCGGGGGCGCGAGAGGUCCCACGAGAGGGGCGUGGUCGUGGAACAGGAGCGGCCGGAGCGCGACAGCUACACGGUGGACGUGAGGGCCAGUGACCUGCAGCUGGACGAGCCCAGGACCAUGAGGCACGCCUGCUUCAGCUGCAGGGCCUGGCUGUACAGCGUGCUCAUUGGGGGAAGUCUGCUGAUAGUGUCUGGUUUCUCUCUGUACCUGGGCAAUGUCUUUCCUGUUGCUAUGGAUUACCUGCGUUGCGCUGCAGGCUCUGGCAUCCCUGCAGCCUUUGCUAGUUUUGCCAUUGCCAAAAACAGACAUGUUGCAGUGGCUGAUUUCCAGGUGAUCUAUGUAUCCACCUUUGCUGUGACAACCACCUGUCUGGUUUGGUUUGGCUGCAAACUGGUCUUGAGUCCAUCUGCUGUUAAUAUCAACUUCAACCUGGUCCUGAUGAGCUUGCUGGAGGUGUUGAUGGCCUGCACCGUCAUCCUGUCCGCUCGCUCGGCUGAGGACUGCUGCUGCCACAAAAAGCCAGCCACAUUCGACUCGGCCCUGGUGUUCACCCCCGCAGUCUUCCCCACGCGAGUGCUUAAGGCAUACUCGGUCAUUGAGGUGAUUGUGGGAAUCUCGGCUGUAUUCGGAGGCAUCAUCGCUCUCAACAUGGACGCGCUGCAACCCGGCCCCUACCUGUCUGUCACCUUCUUCUGGAUCCUGGUCGCUUGUUUUCCCAGUGCCAUUGCCAGUCACGUUGUGUCUGAAUACCCAAACAAAUGUCUGGUGGAGGCGCUGAUCGCUAUCAGCAGUGUGACGUCCCCCCUGCUCUUCUCCGCCUCUGGUUUCCUGUCCUGCAGCACUCUCAGCUUCGUUGAGAUCUUCCUGCAGGAAGUGCCCACGUCUAAGCAAUCCUAUGACAUCCUGCUGCUGAUCCUGAUGCUGCUGCUGCUGGUGCAGGCGGUUCUCACGCUGGCCACCGUGGUGCACUGUGCUGCCUACAAGAGCCAGCUGCGCAGAGGGGCUCCCGUGUGGGAGGAGCAUCUCCGCUCUCCAUCCAGGCUCUCCAAGCAAGCGUCCAAUGGAACGAUCCGUGACUUUGACAAAGACAGGGCAUGGAAGUCAGUGGUGGUCCAAAUGGCUCAGUGAACCCUUUUAAAAUGGAAGGAAUGCAGAGAUGGAGAAUAUCCAUGUGUGUGUGACGACAAUUGCACGAACUGCAUGAGAGAAAGAGAGAGAGAGAGAGAGAGAGAGAGAGAGAGAGAGAGAGAGAGAGAGAGAGAGAGAGAGAGAGAGAGAGAGAGAGAGAGAGAGAGAGAUGGAUGUGUUCAUUUCAUUUGCGUCCAAUGUGAUGACUAGAAGUAAUUCUUUAUUCCUGUGCUUUUAGAAUGUCGAUGCGUGCAGAAACAGUUGACAUUAAGCAAGGUGCAAAGUCAAAGGGUUAAUGUAAACAGAUUAAUUAAAGACCCUAAUUUGCAUACAAAUUGAAUUUAAUGCACAGUGGCUCCUUAAAACAAGUUUAUAAAGGUCUAAAAUAGAAAAGAACAUAUUGUUCCACACAAUGGGAAACUGCUCGAAGGGGUUAUCAUAAGAAAGAUAUGUACAAAUAUCGAUGACAGAAUCGUUUUGCAUAAGGUAUUUUUUAAAAAUGUAAGAAAAAGAUAUAUAAAGCAUUUUGGAUGAUAUGUCAUCGAUAAGCAAUGUCAUCAAAAACGUUGAGCAAUUAUUUAUUUUGCUGUCAGGGUAGAGUUGUUUUUAUUUUAAAGGCCGCAGGCUCUCUGUUCAUGCCAAGUCUACUGUUGACCAACAAGCCUUGGUCGCUGUUUCCCUUGCAUAUAGACAAUAAAUAUAUUUCUAACUUUAAA